UCCAAUUUCCACGGGUGGAAGGAGAGAAAGAAUAGGACUCUUCUGUUUUGUUUGUUAUAUUACCUGAUUACACUACUAUCACUCACUUUUCAUUUACUCACGCUCUCUGCAUCUCUCUCCUUUCGCAUCCAUUCUCACUCUCACGUUCCUUCUUUUCGAGAAAGAUGGUUGCUUUUGGGAAAAGGUUGAAGGAAAGACAAGUUCAAGAAUGGCAAGAAUAUUACAUAAACUACAAAUUAAUGAAGAAACGAGUCAAGCAAUAUGCUCAACAAAUCGAACUCGGAACACAAGAUCGGCAGCAUGUUCUAAAGGAUUUCUCGAGAAUGCUUGAUAAUCAGAUCGAGAAGACUGUCCUUUUUCUAUUGGAAGAACAAGGGCGUUUGGCAAGCAGAAUAGCAAAUCUUGGAGAGCAACAGGAUGCUGCACAACAAGAACAAGAACAUGCAAUAAGAAAUAUGUCUGAACAGCGAGAAGCUUAUAGAACAAUUGGACAAGAUCUGUUAAAGCUUCUCUCUUUCGUAGAGAUAAAUGCUGUUGGUUUGCGAAAGAUCUUGAAGAAGUUUGACAAACGCUUUGGCUAUAGAUUUACUGAUUAUUAUGUUAAAACUCGUGCAAAUCAUCCUUAUUCUCAGCUGCAGCAAGUGUUCAAGCAUGUGGGGUUAGGAGCUGUUGUAGGAGCCUUAUCUCGCAACCUUCAUGAUCUUCAAGAUCUUCAAGGUCGUCAAGGAAGCUACUUAUCAAUUUAUGAUCAGCCUACUCUUCCUCUUCAGGAUCCUGUCAUCAUUUCGGUAAAAGCUGCUGUGGAUAGGUUAACUCAUUCAACCAAUUUCCUUAACUUUUUGGGGCAACAUGCACUCAUUAUGCAAGAAGAGCUGCCUGCACCUACUGAUGAGAAUGUCGAUGAGAGAUACCAUUUUACGUCUCUUGUUCUAAACUUGGUUAACACAUUUUUGUAUAUGGUCAAUACAUAUAUCAUUGUCCCUACAGCUGAUGAUUACUCUAUGCACCUUGGGGCUGCACCAACGGUCUGUGGUAUUGUGAUCGGCGCAAUGGCCGUGGCUCAGCUGUUUUCCUCUGUAUAUUUCAGUGCAUGGUCAAAUAAAUCAUACUUCAGACCUCUUGUAUUCAGUAGCAUAAUUCUUUUUCUCGGGAAUACCAUGUAUGCCUUAGCGUACGAUUUUAAUUCAAUAUGGAUUCUCCUAAUUGGCCGUCUUUGCUGUGGAUUUGGUUCUGCCAGAGCUGUAAACCGGCGCUACAUCAGUGAUUGUGUGCCUUUGAAAAUCCGCAUACAAGCAUCGGCAGGUUUUGUUAGUGCCAGCGCUCUUGGAAUGGCCUGUGGUCCUGCAUUAGCUGGCUUACUGCAGACGAAUUUUAAGAUUUACAAUGUUACAUUUAAUCAAGAUACUUUGCCAGGGUGGGUUAUGACUAUUGCUUGGCUUAUAUAUUCAAUAUGGCUGUGGAUCUCUUUUGUGGAACCUUCUCGUGAAUUUGAAGAGGACCGUAAAACAGAGAAAUCUCAGAAAUCUAAUGCUGUAGAAGACAGUGAUGCACUUGAAAAGGGCCUACAGCAACCAUUGCUGAUUACUUCGGAAGAUAAGGUAGAUGAAGAUGCUGAUCAGGAUAAUGAUGAUAGCGAGGAAGCUCCAGAGGAAUCUCGUCAGCCAGCCACUUCAAUUGGAUCGGCAUAUAGACUCCUUACACCUUCUGUAAAGGUUCAGUUAUUGAUAUAUUUCAUGCUCAAAUAUGUGAUGGAGAUUUUACUAGCAGAAUCCAGUGUCAUCACAACAUACUACUUUAAGUGGUCAACUGGCACAGUUGCCAUUUUUCUUGCUGGCCUUGGUUUGACAGUUCUUCCUAUAAACAUUAUUGUUGGAAGCUAUGUAAGCAACUGGUUUGACGACAGGCAAAUUCUGUUGGCAUCAGAAAUCAUGGUUUUAAUUGGCAUAGUCUCGGCCUUUCAUGUAAUCGUUCCAUACUCUGAGCUGCAGUACAUCUGUUCAGGUCUUCUCAUGUUUGUUUCUGCUGAAGUACUUGAAGGCAUCAACUUGUCGCUGCUUUCACGAGUUAUGUCAUCGAGGCUUUCUCGAGGAACAUAUAAUGGAGGGCUUCUAUCUACAGAGGCUGGGACAAUUGCAAGAGUGAUUGCUGAUGCAACUAUUACCGUUGCUGGCUACCUGGGUGUGGGUACACUACUAAAUAUCACCCUACUUCCUUCCCUCUUCAUUUGCAUAAUUUCCAUCGUUGCAACCUGCUAUACCUACAACUCUUUAUAUUGAUUUCUGUGGCUAUCUGCAAUCAUGCAGUGUAGCAAAGUAGCAGCUCUUGAGCUUACCUAGAUUAUGUAGGUUGUCCAAAUGCACAUUCUUAGCGGAAUAGAAUGGAUUCUUGGUAUUAAGAUUAAUUUUUUUUAUUGUAAUAUUUAUUACUCCUAGUUAGGUGUAUAGGAGAAUGUUAUGAUUUGUAGCUUGACUUUCUAAUAUUUAUUGAAUUAGACUUUUCCAA